AUGCCUGUCUGCAGAUGUGCAAAGGGCCUGUACUUCCUCCACACCAACAAUAGAGUCAUCUACCAGACCUUCUGUGACAUGACCACUGUGGGCGGUGGCUGGACCCUGGUGGCCAGUGUACAUGAAAACUUCAUGGCUGGGAGGUGCAUGGCAGGUGAUUGCUGGUCCAGUCAGCAGGGCAACAGAGCAGACUACCCAGAGGGAAAUGGCAACUGGGCCAACUAUAACACCUUCUUUGGGUCUGCAGAGGGAGCCACAAGCGAUGACUACAAGAACCCUGGCUACUUUGACAUCCAGGCCCAGGACCUGGGCAUCUGGCAUGUGCCCAACAAGACUCCCCUGCAGAACUGGAGGAACAGCUCCCUGCUGAGGUACUGCACCUUCACUGGAUUCUUCCAGCAUCUGGGACACAAUCUGUUUGGACUCUACCAGAGAUUCCCAGUGAAAUAUGGAGGAGGGAGGUGUUGGACUGACAAUGGUCCAGCAAUACUUGUGGUCUAUGAUUUUGGGAAUGUCCAGAAAACAGCAUCUUAUUAUUCACCCCGUGAAUUUACUGUGGGAUUUGUCCAGUUCAGAGUAUUUAAUAAUGAGAGAGCAGCCAAUGCCUUGUGUCCUGGAAUGAGAGUUGCUGGAUGUAACAGUGAGCAUCACUGUAUCGGCGGUGGAGGGCACUCCUAG